AUGCUGCGCGACAUCUCAGGCGGGCAAAGGAAGCGAGUCACCACACGCGUGUCCCUCGUGGGCCCCAAGCAAGUUCUCCUGAUGGACGAGAUCAGCACAGGGCUGGACUCCUCCACCACCUUCCUCAUCAUGCGCUGCCUGCGCCACCUCACGCACCUCCACGCCGCCACCACACUCAUGGCACUACUCCAGCCCGCCCCCGAGACCUACGAGCUCUUUGACGACGUGCUGCUACUUGCAGAAGGCCACGUGGUGUUCCAUGGGCCCAGGGAGCAGGUGCUGCCCUUCUUCUCCCGCCUCGGGGGGGGAGCGGCUGGGGCAGAUGGUGGGGCGGGUAGGAAAAUCCAGCCGUAUCACUAUGUGCCGGUGCAAGCAUUUGAGGCAGCAUUUAAGGAGACGCAGAUCCGCAAGGCCAUUGCUGCCCGCCUCUCGCUUUGCCACUCCUUUCAACUUUAUUUUUAUCCCCCUCCUCGUUUCUCAUCCUUCACCCCUCACACCAACCCCCACCUGGUGCCCUUCCCAAAAGAAAAGAGCCCUCCCAACGCCCCCGCCCACAAGCGCCACGCGCUGCCCACCUCGGAGAUGUUCCGCGCAAUCAUCCUCGUGGCGCUCGUCACCAUGACCGCCUUUUUCCGCACCACCCUCGACCUCUCCCUGCAAGACGACAACUAUUACCUCGGAGCCACGUUCUUCGGUGUGGUCAUGAUGCUCUUCAAUGGGUUCACGGAGCUCCCGCUAGUCAACUUCCGCCUGCCCAUCUUCUACCGCCAGAGGGACGCGUUUCUGUACCCCGCGUGGGCGUGGGCGGUGCCCUUAGAGCUACUCUCCAAGCCCUUCUCUGCCUGGGCCUCCAUUAUUUGGACUGCUUUCACCUACUAUGGGAUUGGCUUUGCACCGGAACCAGGCAGAUUCUUCAUGCAGAUGCUGCUCUUCUUCCUCAUCCACCAGGUCUCCAUUUCUCUCUUCCGCCCCAUAGGAGCAGUGGGUCCCAACAUGGUGGUGUUCACGACCUUUGGCUCAUUCGCCGGCAUCCUCUUUGUCGUCAUGGGCGGGUUCGUCAUUGCAAAACGUGCAAGACGUGUUUAUAACACGUAUGUAGGGAGUGGGAGCAUCGGGGCUCAACAUGCCGACAUCAGCAACGUGUGGAUCUGGGCGUAUUGGAUUUCGCCUCUCAUGUACGCGCAGAACGCCCUCGCUGUUAACGAGUUUCUCGCGCCCCGCAGGAACGUCUCCGCAGGUCCCCUCUUCCCCACCACGGCCACCAUGGGGCAGGUGUUUCUGGAGAGCCGCUCGAUCCCAAUGGAUGACAAGUGGGUCGGCAUUGGUGUGGCGGCACUCAUUGGAUACAUCCUGCUUUUCAACCUCCUCACUGUUGCCACGCUCGCUUAUCUUGAUCGUAAGCUUUCAACACCUUCUCUCCUUGUUUCAUCUGUCUGCCUGCUCUCUUGCCUGCUCUCUUGCCUGCUCACUUGCCUGCUCACUUGCCUGGUCUCUUGCCUGCUCUCCUGCCUGCUCUCUUGCCUGCUCUCUUGCGUGCUCUCUUGCGUGCUCUCUUGCAUGCUCUCUUGCGUGCUCUCUUGCGUGCUCUCGUACCUGCUCUCGUGCCUGCCUCUCUUGCCUGCUCUUGUGCUUGCUCUCUUGCCUUCUCUCUUGCCUGCUCUCUUGCCUGCUCUCUUACCUGCUCUCUUGCCUUCUCUCUUGCCUGCUCUCUUGCCUGCUCUCUUGACUACUCUCUUGCCUUCUCUCUUGCCUGCUCUCUUGCAUGCUCUCUUGCUUGCUCUCUUGCCUGCUCUCUUGCCAGCUCUCUUGCCGGCUCUCUUGCUUGCUCUCUUGCCUGCUCACUUGCCUGCUCUCUAG